CCGAACCAUCGGAAACUCGACAUCACGGUUCAACGAACCCAACGAGCUCGAACACCACUCGAGUGGCCAUCGACGUCCGGACCAUCAUGGCGCCCUCGCUGAUGGCUCUCGGCGCCGCGCUGCUCCUGCUGGGCUCGGCGGCGACCAUGGCGGCCGCGCAGAACUGCGGGUGCGCGUCGGGCGAGUGCUGCAGCCGGUGGGGUUACUGCGGAACCACCAAGGAGUACUGCGGCACGGGGUGCCGGUCGGGCUCCUGCGAAGUGCCCGUCACCAACGACGCCUCCGUGGCCGGCAUCGUCACCCCGGCCUUCUUCGGCGCGCUCGUCGCCCAGGCCGCCGACAGCUGCGAAGCCAAGGGCUUCUACACCCGCGACGCCUUCCUCAGCGCCGCCGCCGGCUACCCCGCCUUCGGCCGCACCGGCUCCCUCGACGACUCCAAGCGCGAGAUCGCCGCCUUGUUCGCCCACGUCAACCACGAGACCAUUAAGUUCUGCUACAUCAACGAGAUCAACGGGCCGAGCAAGAACUACUGCGACCCGACGAGCACGCAGUACCCGUGCGCGGCGGGGAAAGGGUACUACGGGCGCGGGCCGCUGCAGAUCUCGUGGAACUACAACUACGGGGCGGCGGGGCAGAGCCUGGGCUUCGACGGGCUCAACGACCCGGACGCCGUGGCGCGGAGCCCCGUGCUGGCGUUCCAGGCCGCGCUCUGGUUCUGGAUGAACAGCGUGCACGAGGCCAUCGUCUCCGGGCAGGGCUUCGGGGCCACCAUCCGGGCCAUCAACGGCGCGCUCGAGUGCAACGGCAAGAACCCCAACGCCGUGAACAACCGCGUCGCCUAUUACGAGCAGUUCUGCCAGCAGUUCGGCGUCGACCCCGGGAGCAACCUCACCUGCUAGCUCGGCUGAUUGUUCAACACGUCGAUCAUGUGGGCGUUUGAUUUGUGGCAUAUUUGUGGUUCGGGCAAAUAUUUGUUGGAAAUAAAAUUGAGUACAGUCUACAGAUAUUGAUACUAGUACUUCUUUGCUUCA